AUGAAAAUCAUCGGUUUCAUCUGGCAUUUUAUCUAUUGCUCUCGCUGUCAUCAUAAUUACCGAUACGAGCAACUAGCACAUUUCGACAGCACGACUAUCACUGUCGUCGCCAUCAUUAGCCUGCAAACGUGCGAGUGGUACCCUCCGUGGCUGUGGAUCCUGUGCAUCGUGCUGGCCGUGCUCUUCAUCAUCAUGAUGAUCAUCAACAUCUUCCUGUGCUCCGCCAUGACCUGCUCGUGCACCAAGACGGAGGUCAUCGAGAAGGAGCCGUCCAUCAUCGAGGAGUACGACCCCUACAGGUCGUGGCACGGGUCGCAGUACGGCUCCAGGUACUCCCUGAACGGCAAGGGCUACACCUCCGGCGCCUCCACCAUGAACUCCGCCCGCUCCGUCUCGUCCCACAGCGACCAUUACGCCAUCGUCCACUCCCGCCCCAACUCCCGCUACUCCGGCCACCACUCCCUCAAGCACGACAAGCACCACCACCACCACCGCGGGCCUCCCUCCACGACCGGCAGUCACUAUUCCGGGAAGUACUGAGGCUGAGGGGCAGAUGCGCGGUCGGUCUGGCGUCUGUCUGUCUGUGGAGUCGUUUAUUUCGAAGGAGGAGUGGGCUGGAUUUUUUUUUUUUUUUUUUUAUUCGUAGAGAGAGAUUUAGGAUUUUAUUUGUUUUAUGUUUCUUGUCUUCUUUUCCCUUGUCAUUAUUGUAGUCGAUGAUGGGAAUAAGAAAAUGAUUUAUUAUCUUGAAAAAUCAGCCUUCUUCUCUUCCACGCCCGCCUCCUGCGAAGAAAAAAAAUGAGGAAAACAAACGAUUAAGCGAUAUUGGAAUCUUUGGUGAAAAAUUUCCGCUCUUUUUCCCGGGGAAGGAAGAAUUCGACCGACGUUUCUCGCUGUCCCGUCUGCUCAACAGAUGGCGACACUGAAAACAAUGGCGGCACCUUGCGCGGGAAGUUCAAAUACGCCGGGAGACCCUUCAUCCUCUUGAGUUCCCGGGAAAUCGAAGCCGUUACAUAAAUAAUGACUUUUUAUUAGAUCUCCAACAUCAUCCCCGCCACCAAAUUCCCGACGGCCCGCCCUGGCUGCGCCCGGAGACCCAAGAGGCUGCCAGCCAGAGCCGCGACCCCUAUCUUUCAUAAUUGCUUAUUGGAAAUUCAUUCGGCCAAGGCUGGGAUGGAGGCCGGGCUGCUGAGUACGGAGUGUCUUGGGAAUGCAAACUGAAGAACUUUUAUUCAUACAAAACACUUCCUCUAGCUGACAUUUCAAAGAAAAAAGAAAAAUCAGCAGAGAAAAUGAGGAAGCACACAAUAGGCCGUUUCCUGAAAUCCCGGAAACGUCUGUCCCGCCAUUAACCAGCCACUACCGAGCCAAACAAACAGCGCAAACACGGAAUCCAACUCGGUAGAUUUGUGAGUAUGCCUUUCCAACCACACCUGAGCAGGCCGACAUUAUGCCACAGGUUUCCAGGUAGCGUCCAUUAUGCAGCGCAGCCCAUCCGCCAUGAAACUCCCGCGAGGCAGUCGGGCGGUUUAGCAUUUCCCUUCGCUGAGCUCGCCGUGCACUGAGAAGAUAGGCACACACGGUCGGAAAAGGACACCCAGCUCACCCAAAUCAGUCAUAUAUAUAUAUAUAUAUAUAUAUAAAUUAUAGGCCUAUAUAUAUAGGCCUAUACACAUAUAUGUAUGUAUGUAUGGGUAUACGAUAUAAUUUUAUGGUGAACGCAUAAUAUGCCUUGGAUAAAUUUAGCCGAGGCCCGCAACAGAAAUCCAAAUCAGAAAACGGCAUUUGAAUCGCGAGGGCAAACGGGUCGCGCGCACAGCCAUAAAAACGGGCGGCUGGUCGGCGGUUGGUGGCUUGUAAGUCGAAGCCAAAUGCCUUGUCGGUCUCGGAAACUUCGCCUCCAUUCACGCCACUCACAGGUUGUAAGCGAGAUCUCGGGUCGAAUGCGAGAGCUGUGGCCGAUGGACCUCGGUGUCUGUGCUCCGAAAAAGGGAGGUUGUUGGAGACGAGGAUUAAGGGUGGUAGUGAGGAAAUAGAAAGCAGAAGCUGGAAUCGAACUAACCCCAAACUCUAGAUGUAAUUUGCUCGAUAAUAAUUGUAUGUUACAGUUGCUGCGAUCAGUGGAAUAACAAGCACAUUAACCAUGUAAUCAUCCGGGGAUUAACGGAUGAUUUUGUUUUCAAUACAUUUUUUUGCUAUUAUUAUGUUUAUGUAGGAUACCGCGGUGAUGUUAUAGAAGGGCAAAUGGCAUAGGCUUUUAUUGGUUCGCAUUAGAAGUUGAUGGCUAAGACAUAAAUCGGCGAAUUCAUAGGCAGUGCGAUGGAUUUAGGCUGAGCAAGAGCACGCGAGAGAUGGAGGAAAACAAAACAAAAGCCAAAGAGAACGAUUGAAGUUUCACAAGUUCCCCCAACUGCAGCAUUUCUUCAGAAAUUGAAAAUGCUAUUGCGUAAGAAGCAAAAGAAAGUCGUUGGAUAAAUAACAAGAGGGUCCCAACCCCUUUCGGAAGCGAAAUCCUCCUGUUUAGAACUCUCAUUGCAGAUGCCUACUUUUUGUCAUUGUUUUUUGUCUUUGAAGCUAGGGAAGUGCGGGAAAACGUACAGUAUUUGCUAAAAUAGAUUUGCAGUCUUCCACGAAAAGAGAGAAAAAAAAACUAUAUUUGCAACAUUUCAAUAUUUUUGUUAUUUUUCGAAAUCUCCGGUGGCGACACCCUGCGAGUCCGCCUUUGCCUGCGUUUAACAAAAGAAGAGCGGGAUGCGUGCUGGGGUUCCCUCCCUGUUGAUUAUGGUGCCUAUAAAUCGUUAAGUUAAGGUCAAUUUCUUUAUUUCCGGCUCGUGUUCUCGAGGCUGAAUAAAAAUUAUAGUUUCAUAAAACACGCUUCUCUUCUAGCGUGGCUGUUUACGUGUACAUAUUAAUUAGGUUUUAAAGACACAGGAGAAAAUGGUGUUCAAACACGUCAGCUUGUAGAUGUGAUCUGAGUUGGUUAAACGUAAAAGCAAAAAGAAAACUUGCUGUGAAACGGAUCGCGAAGGAAAUAAAGAAUUUAGUUGUUAACGCCCUCCCCCCCCCUCUCCCCCUGCCCUUCUUAUCACAGGCGCGUCCCCCCCCCCCCCCCCCCGCGUGGCAGCGACCUCCGGGCUGCCACUUGGCGGCGGAGCGCGAAGGCUCGAGUUUUUAUUGGUUGGUUGUGUCAUUAUUAUUAUUAUUAUUAUUACUACUACUACUACUAUUAUUAUUAUUAUUAUUAUUAUUAUUAUUAUUAUUAUUAUUAGUGUUGUUGUUGUGGUUGUUGUUUUUGUUGUGCUUUUAUCAUAAUCAUUAACAUCAACAUUACCAGUCAAACAUCCAUCAGAAUUAUCAUUAUUACCCAACACCGUAUCUACACACAGACGUAAUCACUGGCUUUAGAACCCCCGUCAUUAAGAAUGAGAUACUUAUCAUUAAGUCGCAAAUUAGUUUAACUGGACCAAAUACAAACCCAGGAAUACAAAGCCAUGAGUCAUCGAAGUGCACACAUGAGGAGCAGUGAGUGUGUGUGCUUAGUGGCUCUACGAUUCGCCAAUCGCCCUCGCUCCCUCCCUCACCCUCGCGGUCUCCUCCUGCCAGCGCCUUCGUCUUGCUAUUCCCCUUCCUUCUCCUCUUCGUAUUCUUCUGUUUCUUUGUCUCACUUUGUUUUUGGUUUUCUUCUCCUUUUUCUUCUUCUUCUCCUUCUUCUUCUUCUUCUUCUUCUUCUUCUUCUUCUUCUU